AUGAGUUUGCGGCGGGAAGACGGCGUGAGCAGCCUGUGCCAAAAGGCGCUGCACAUCGUCAACGAACUGUGCUUCGCGGGCCAGGUGGAGUGGGAGCGCUGCGCCGGCAUCUUCCCGCCCGAGCGCGGUGGCCAAGGAGGCGCCUCCAGCACAGAUAUCUCUGUCAGCCUUCUGGCUGUGGUGGUCAGCUUCUGUGGGCUGGCCCUACUCCUGGUGUCCCUGUUUGUCUUCUGGAAGCUGUGUUGGCCGUGCUGGAGGAGCAAACCUGUGGCAGCCCCUGAAGGUGCUCUCCCACCCAGCACCCCCACCGAGGUAUUGGGCACAGAAGAAAAGAAGAAGGAGUUCCAGGAAGAUGGGAAGGUGGAGCAAAGAGUCUUGGAGCCGGCCAUCAAGAUCAGCCACACAUCCCCAGAUAUCCCUGCAGAGGUGCAGACAGCUCUCAAGGAACACCUGAUCAAACAUGCCCGUGUGCAGCGGCAGACCACCGAGCCCACGUCCUCAUCCCGCCACAACUCUUUCAGGAGACACCUGCCCCGGCAGAUGCAAGUGUCCAGCGUGGACUUCAGUCCCGGCACGGAGCCCGUCCUGCAGCGAGGGGAGACCACCACGAGCAUCGGCAGGAUAAAGCCCGAGCUGUACAAGCAGAAGUCAGUGGACUCCGAGGGCCACGGGCUGGGAGACAAAGAGGUGUGCGGGAAGCUCAACUUUGCACUGCAGUAUGACUAUGAGAAUGAGCUGCUGGUGGUCCGCAUGAUCCAAGCCUUAGACCUGCCCGCAAAGGAUUUUACCGGGACGUCUGACCCCUACGUGAAGGUGUACCUCCUUCCCGACAGGAAGAAGAAGUUUCAGACCCGUGUGCACAGGAAGACCUUGAAUCCCCAGUUUGACGAGACAUUUCAGUUUUCUGUGGCCUAUGACCAGCUCAGCCAGAGGAAGCUCCAUUUCAGCAUCUACGACUUUGACAGGCUCUCCCGGCACGACAUGAUUGGAGAAGUGGUUCUCGAGAAUCUGUUCGAGGUCUCAGACCUGUCCAGAGAAGCCAUGGUGUGGAAGGACAUCCACGGGGCGACUACGGAGAGUGUAGACCUGGGGGAGAUCAUGUUCUCCCUGUGCUACCUGCCCACUGCUGGACGCAUGACACUGACCGUCAUCAAAUGCAGGAACCUGAAGGCCAUGGACAUCACAGGUGCUUCAGAUCCCUACGUCAAGGUGUCACUGAUGUGUGAGGGCCGGCGGCUGAAGAAGAGAAAGACGACAACUAAGCGAAAUACACUGAACCCCGUGUACAAUGAGGCCAUCAUCUUCGACAUUCCCCCCGAGAACGUGGACCAGGUCAGCCUGUCCAUCGCUGUGAUGGACUAUGACAGGGUCGGCCACAACGAGGUGAUUGGCGUGUGCAGAACAGGGCUGGAUGCUGAGGGUCUUGGGCGGGACCACUGGAACGAGAUGCUUGCCUACCAUCGCAAGCCCAUCACGCACUGGCACCAUCUGCAGGAGCUUCCUGGCCGCGCCACCAGCUUUGACAGCCAAGGAUCCUGCCCUUCGCCCAAGCCCCCACCUACGCCAUGAUGCCUGAAAAGUAAGGGUCAUACCGAGUCUGGCUGCAAAUGUGGGGGCUGAUUCAGUUAUGAAAACAUCCCAAAAUGAAGCCUUCACCCUUUGUUCAUGUCUGCUCCCUCUGCAUUAUGCCGGAACCAGAACUGUACAGCUCAUGCAGCCAAGAGGCACUUCCUUCCACCUGGCUUCAUGUCUUCUCAUGUGAUCUGUCUGCACAGCCAGAGAUGCUUUCUAGAAAGAAGCCCUCCCAAAACUAGGUCCAGGUCCUUCUGUUGGCAGCGGUACAUAGCACUCGUUGGCUUGGCCAUGCCCUGCCUGGCCCACACCAUUGCUGGCCUCUCCACAGGUCAGUAGGACCUAGAGCCACCCUUCUCUGCAAAAUUCUCUCAAUGAUGUUCAAAGACAUAUCUUUUCCUCAGCAGUAUAUCCAGAUCUUGAGGGAUAAAGUGUAGCUUUAUGGAUCCCUUUGAGCUGUUGCUGGGAGUGAGGCAAACCCAGUCAACUUGCUUUCUCACCCCAUCCCUCAGCAUCCCACUUCCCUCUAUGCAGACACUUGGUGUGUUCCCAGAAUGUCACUAUCAGAUGUAACAUCAGCACCAGGAUACUGGACCCUAACAGCCAGUACUUCCUGGCUCUGGGGGCUUCCAUGCUUGACUGAGUCUGUGAGUCAAUCUUGGUUAGAUCAUAAUAGGAGCAGACAGAAAAGGGGCAACUGUUGUGUAGGUGUUUCCAGGAGACUCUUUCCCCCAGAAAUUGGUCAGUACACUCGGUAUUUUCUCAGAAAAAGGACAACCAGCUUUUCAAUCAGCUGUAGCAAUAGGCCCUACAGAAUUCAACUUUGACCAAAAGCAGAAGCAAGCACUCAACGGCAGAGCCUCCAGAUCGCCAUCAACAAAUCUGCCAGAGCUAAGACUCAGACAGCUGGACAUCAGGAAAACUAUGCAAAUGUUCUGAUGGCAUAGAAUGUCUUUCAUGUUAGGUCAUUUUUCACUCUCUGCUAGCCUCUGGAGAGGGAUAUAUCUGUAGUUACCCAUCUUCUAAUAAUGAGCUGGGUCAGUGACCCUUUCAAGCCAACUUUUAACAGGAUACCAAGAUCCACAAAGUAAAAAGGACAAGAAAACUAGGACUCAGGUGCAAGAACAGUUAGGAAUGAGGAGGUGUCAGCAGUGAUUGGAAGUUGGAUUUCAGUAGAAGUCCCCAUCUCCAACAUCUCCAAUAUGAAAGAAAAUGAACCUGAGAAUCCUCCAU